AUGAAACCUAUUUCUACAAGUGAAGCUACCAGCCCUGUGCUCAAAAUAGACAAAAAAUUAGAAAUCAAAGAAAAGAAUAUUUAGCAAGGAGAUAAGUAGGCUCAUAAAAACUAUAAGUUUUGUUUGUUUAAUGGCAAUAAUUCUGUAGUUUUCAGAAAAAUUUUAUUAUCAAGAGGCAAUUGGGAAGAGAUAAAAGAGAGCUAAAUUGAAGAAAAGAGCAUAUUUUAGAACUCAAAUUUUAUUUGGAAAAGCUACAACUUUUCAGUUAGAAAAUAUGCUAUUAUUGAAGACAUCCACAGAAAUAAUCCUUUUAAGCAGAUAAUAAACCACUUUGAAAAUAACAGAGGAAUGUGCACUAAAACUGGUUUAAUCCGCUCACUUAGUUCAUAUUACAGGCAUUUAGAUCCAGCUAUUUAAGCAAAAUAUACCGUAUUUGAUACAUGUGCUACGAGUUUUGUUUUAACUGCCGGAAUUAAUGAUGUUGAAUUUACAUCUUUUAUGUCUCGAUAUAACGAAAUAGCUAAAGGAAAUUUUAUUAAAGAAAAAGUACCCAAAAAACAUUGUUUAGAAAAUAUAUGGUUGCUAAAGCCAGCUGAUGCUAAUUAAGGUAGAGGAAUAGAAAUAUUAAAAACUCAAAAAGAUAUAAUAAGCUCCCUUGUUUAAAAAUAAUGUAAUUCUUACUGGGUAAUUCAAAAGUAUAUUGAAAAGCCUUUAUUGUAUCAUGGUAGAAAGUUUGAUAUUAGAAUAUGGGUGCUUGUCACUAAGUCAGGUGAAAUAUUUAUCUAUAAGCCAGGAUACAUAAGAACAUGUUGUGAUGAAUAUAAUAUGUAAGAUAUAGAUGUUAACUUACAUUUAACAAAUAAUUUUGUUUAAAAACACCAUUAAAACUACGGAUAGCACGAACCAGGAAACACUCUUCCACUAGAAUGCUUGUUUGAAUAUAUUGACUAGAAAUUUGCAAAUGAAAAUACAGAACAAGUUAACUUGAGAGAAAGAAUUCACUAAAGAAUGAAAGAUUUAAUAAUAGAUACUAUUCUUUCAGUCAAGAAAAGUAUGAUAACUAUAAAAAGAUAUAACAAUUUCGAGCUCUUUGGAUAUGAUUUUUUAAUUGAUGAAGACUUGAGAGUUUGGCUCAUUGAGGUAAACACAAAUCCUUACAUUGGAAUACCUAAUGAUUUUAUUAAAGAAUUGGUACCAAGGAUGGCAGACGAUCUUGUAAAAAUUGCUGUUGACCCUUUGUUUCCACCCUAAAAUCCUCCUGAAAGUUAAAAUAAUGAUUUUGAGUUGAUUUAUUGUGAAAACGGUAGCAGUUUUAAUAAUGGAAACCCUAAGAAUGUUAGAUAGCCUUUUUCAGUUUCUCCCUAUCCUCUAUAAAAGCUUGCUCAAAAACCAAACAAAGUUCAAAGAUAGUAUGGAACAAGUCUUUUAUUUAAUAAUGUUUCUAAACCCUAGUUAUAAUCUGAGCAAAAUAAUUCAUAGGAUGAAAAUUAAGUAAUAAAUACUUCAGAAGUAAAUGAUUAAACCAAUUAAUAAAUAAAAUAAAGAAGUGCUUCUGCUGCUAGAAUAUCUUAAAAUAAUAAUAAAGGAGGUUUUUCUCCAAAUUUUUCUGUAGUAGAAAGAAAUGCUCAUUCAAAAUCACCAGAAUCAAGAUUUUUAUCAAGUAACUUAAGGUCUGGUAGUGCUUAGUAAAUUAAAAUGCAAUAACUAGAUAAGCAAACACUAGUUGAGAAUGAUUCUAAAAAAAAGUUAGAAAGGCAAAAAACUGUGGAAGAGUAGGAUUAAGAAGAUGAGUAGCAAUUAGAAAAUCUAAAUCAAAAUAUAAAUGAAAAUAUUCUCUAAUAAACCAAACUUAAUAGCAAUAAUCAAUCUUAUGAUCCUGACUUAAUGUUUUACAACCUCAAAAAGCUCCUUAAUACUUAUCUUUAUGCAGAUUUCUAACCAUUUUAUUAGCACAUUAAUAAUAUUCUAAGUAAAAUGAUGAAUUGGGAGUUAAUGAGUGAGUAGGAAUUAAAAGUUGUCGUAAAGACACUAAGAUUUAUUUUAGAGUCUAGAAUUUCGAAUAUUUUAGUUGAUUAAAAGUAUAUUGAAAAACUCAUAUCAGUUAUAGAUUCUCAAAAUCACCCUAUAGAAAUACAAGAAGUCUCUCUUGAAGCCCUUUGCACAAUUACUAAAAAUGUCUCUAACAAAGUUAGGAUUGUUUCAAAAAAUAUUAUUCUUUUGUUAAUAAAGAUAAGCCUCUCUAGCUGUGAUGAAAAAGAAAUGGAGAAAUAUGACAGAAAGAUAAGAAUUUUGGCAACUAAUUGCUUAAUACAUUUAGGUGGAAUUUAUAAUAGAAGAUAAUAUAUUCCAGGGGAAACAAGAGAUAAUGAUAAAAUAAGGAGAUUAAUUAUUGAAAAUGGUGGCUUACUGGCUUUGCUGUGGAUAAGAAAAAAGGUAAAUGAUAAUGAAAUCAAAAAAAUUUCAUAAGAUUUUAUAGAUAAUUUGGAUAUCUCUGAUUUUGAGCUACAGUAUAAUUUGGUAAAGAAAUGGAGAAAGGCUCUCUUUUAUGGAGGCUAAAUGAAACAGAUAUAAAAAAAUUAAUACAGCUAAGAGUCCUUAUAAUAAUGUAAUUUGAGUGGUGAAUUGAGUAUGCUCUAAGAAAAGAUUAAAGAAGAAAACGGAUAUGAAGAUAGCAAAGGCGAAAAUGUCUCUUCUUAACAAAAUGAUAAUGCAUUGCAAAAGAAAACAAAUACUUUUAUGGCUAAUAUUAAUUAAAUCUAAAAAGUUAAACUAAAAAAUAAUAAUGAACCUACUCCUGAACAAUAUCCUGUCUUUUUGUAAACACUUGACUAUUUUGAUUUUUAAGGUAGCAUGGAUACUGCUGAAGAUAUUUACUUAACAAUCAAAGAAUAAAUCAUAAAAAGAGACAAGGAAGAUAAAUUAAAAAAAGAAAUGGAAGUAAAAAAAUAAUAGCAGUAAGAAGACGAAAGAAAAUUACAACUCUUAGAAAGAAAAGCAAAGGUUGAAGAAUUUUAGAAAAAGAAAGAAGAAGAAAAAUUGAAAAGGAAAUUAGAAGAAAAAAGAAGGGAAGAAAAACAGAAAGAGAUUCUUGCAUAAGAGGAGAAGAAAAGAUAGUAAAAAUAUGAGGAAAUGCAAAAGAGAAGAGAAGAGCUCAGAAGAUUUUAAAAAAUGGAAGAAGAUAGAAGAAAAUUUUAAGAUGAUGAUGGGCAAAGAAAGAAUAUGGAAAUAAGUAGAUUAAAGAGAUACUUAGCACCUAAGUUAUUAAUAGAAGAUCCUACAUCAAAAUAACAAAUUGAUUUCAUAAACAGCAGAAACUUAUUUAUUAAAUCUAAGGAAAACGAUUAAAGCAAUUUAUUGAGCACUAUUUAAAAUCAAGUUAAUAAUUUUAGCAACAGAUAAAAUUAAACACAGAAUAAUAGCUUUUUAGCAAUUAAGGUAAGUAAUAGUAGAUAAAAACUCGCUUCUUUAAGUAAUAGGAAUAUUCCUUAAUCUCCUACAUUACUAUAAUCGAGUUAAGUUUUCUCAGACUCAAUUUAAUUAUUAAGGCACCAAAUGAAAAAUUAGUUUACAAAAGAUGAUAAUCUAUUAAAGUAGUCUAACAAAAUUAUAAUAAAAUCCCCUAACUUGGCAUAAUCUUAAUAGUUUGCAAACACAAAAUAUAGAAACUAAAGACAAUUAUCCCCUAUUAAAGUUGAUGAAGUAUAAUCAAAUGGUAUAUAAGAGGAUAUUUAAGAGGAAUCCAAAUAAGCAAACUAAAUUCUUUUAGAAAACUAAGAAAAUAUGUCAGCAUCAUAGUAGGUGUGA